GAAGACGGUGGGUGCCCCUCCCAAACACGAUUUCUCUCCUCUUGUAUACGAUUUAAGUUCAACAAAAAGAAAAAAAAAAAAAAAAAAAAAAGAAAUUUACAUUCAACAAUUUCACACAAUUUGCUUGUCACUUCUGUUUCUCUCUGUCUUUCUCUUUUAUCUCUUUAAUCCAUACCAGUCCACCUCCACCUCUAUUUAAGAUUAUUAUUUUUUUUUGGGUAAAUAUUAUUGUUAUUAUUUGUAAACACAAAUACUUAAUAUUAGGUAUCUAGACUAUAUAAAUAUAUAUAUAUAUAUAUAUAUGCAUCUAAAUAUGUGUCAGGUAGAUUCUUGUGUUUGAAAAUCCUGUUCGUCGGCUGAUCUUCACUACCUCAAUCCAUCCGUUUGAUUACUGUUUCUCAGAAUAAUAAUUAUAAUAGAGACAGACUCAUCAAAUAUCUGAUAUAGAUUGGGCGAUUGAUUUCUGAUCGAUGUUGAUGGAAUGUGAAAUUGUGAAAUUGUGGUAAAAAAGGGAUUGUUGCUGUGAAUGAAGGAUGGGAUUGGAAUCAGUCGGUGGCUUCUCUGAAUCCCAAGUGGUGGAACCAUCCUCCCGCUGAUUGACCGCCCAUUCCAAUUCCUAGUGAUUGUGUUAAUCUAUCUGUUGUUCUAGUAGUCGUCGUCAAUGUUUUUGUUCGUAGUGAUAGCAUCAAUGGAGGCAUCGGGCAAGGUCGAAUUUUAGGGGUAUUGGUCAUGGAUGAGCUUAGCCCUAGUAAUGGAACUGACCAGCCACAACCACAACCAAAAACCUCUCUUUGGUGUCCGAGACAGCUCGUGUUUAGUCCCUAUUCGCGGCUGGCUGAAGCUUCCAACAAAUCCCACACACUGCGGGUUGUCGUCAGAAGACCUUUGGUGGCACGGCUGACGAAGGACAUAGUUGAAACAUACCAAAUAUGCAAUUCACAAUUUAAAUAUUCAGAGGAAUUGAAUCCAAAGAGAUAUUUGACCAGCCCAUCAACUGGAGUCCUCAAUGAUGGCUAUGAUAAUGUUAAUUCAGAUCUAAUUCUUAAUGUGAACUAUGUAUUGGUCAAUUCAGACACACAGCGGAGAUACAUUGUCAAAGAUGUUCUUGGCCAUGGCACAUUCGGGCAGGUUGCAAAAUGCUGGAUUCCAGAAACUAGCAGUUUUGUUGCUGUGAAGAUAAUUAAAAAUCAACCUGCAUACUAUCAACAGGCAUUGGUUGAAGUAUCUAUUUUGACAAUGUUAAAUAAGAAGUAUGAUCCUGAGGAUAAGCAUCAUAUUGUUCGCAUUUUUGAUUACUUUGUAUAUCAACGCCAUUUAUGCAUUUGCUUUGAACUGCUUGACACAAAUCUGUAUGAGCUUAUCAAGUUAAAUCAUUUUAGAGGAUUAUCACUGAGCAUCGUACAACUGUUUUCAAAACAGAUUCUACGAGGAUUGGCACUGUUAAAAGACGCUGGGAUAAUACAUUGUGAUCUGAAGCCAGAAAACAUACUUUUGUGCACAAGUGUUAAGCGAGGAGAAAUUAAAAUUAUUGACUUUGGAUCAGCAUGCAUGGAAGAUCGCACUGUUUACUCCUAUAUUCAGAGUCGUUAUUACAGAUCUCCUGAAGUUCUUCUCGGGUAUCAAUAUACUACAGCUAUUGAUAUGUGGUCAUUUGGAUGUAUAGUUGCUGAAUUGUUCUUGGGAUUGCCAUUAUUCCCGGGAGCCUCAGAGUUUGAUCUUCUUAGGAGAAUGAUUGAAAUACUGGGAGGACAACCCCCUGAUUAUGUACUUAAGGAGGCAAAAAACACAAGCAAGUUUUUUAAGUGCAUAGCGAGCAUCCACGAUGUAGAGAAUAGAGAAGUUUCUGCAGGUAGCAAAAGUGCAUAUCAAGCAUUAACAGAAGAAGAAUAUGAAGCUAGAGAGUUGAAAAAACCUUCACUUGGGAAAGAGUAUUUCAAUCAUAUGAACCUUGAAGCAAUUGUUAACAACUAUCCAUAUAGAAAGAACUUGCCUAAGGAAGAUAUCAUUAGAGAAAGUCAAAUACGCCUAGCUUUGAUUGAUUUUUUGAGGGGCCUUGUUGAGUUUGAUCCUGCAAAACGGUGGUCGCCUUUUCAGGCUUCAAAACAUCCUUUUGUAACAGGAGAACCUUUUACAUGCCCAUAUAUCCCUCCCCCAGAGACCCCUCAUGUGCCUGUUGCUCAAAAUAUGAGAGUGGACCAUCAUCCUGGUGGAGGACAUUGGUUUGCUGCUGGUCUCUCCCCUAAUAUUCCAGGCAGGAACAGGGUUGCUGUGCAUAAUAGCCCGCAUUUUCAGGUAGUGCCAUACUCACAUGCUAAUAGUUAUGGCAGUGUAGGAAGCUAUGGUAGCUAUAAUGAUAGUACUGGGCUAGGAAGCAGCUAUGGAAGUUAUGGAGAUACAAGUAAUAUGUUUGCAUAUUAUUCACCUGUUGGACCCUCUGGCAUGAACAUGCAUGCACCAGGCAAUGUGUCAAUGCUUGGAAGUAGUCCUGAUGCAAGACGGAGAAUUAUUCAAUAUUCACAUGGCAAUGGACUUGGUGUAAGCCCCUCGGCGGGAAAUUUUGCUCCAUUGCCCCUUGGUGCUAGCCCUUCACAAUAUACUCCACCAAGCUCCUAUAGUCAAGUUUCUACUGGUUCUCCAGGGCAAUAUGGUCCAACUUCUCCAGCCAGAGGCAAUUGUCAUGGAUCACCUUUAAGCAAGAUGGCAGCAGUUAGCCAGUUAAAUAGAAGAAAAAAUUGGGGAUAUCCUGGAGGCGCUCAAUCUCAAGAGAAUCCGUUCUCACAUUGGAUAGGGCAACCUACGGAUGGCACCAACUCCAGUCAAGUAGAAGGGAACUCUCAGCUACUUAGUAGUUUUCCAUCACAUCAGCAUUCAAGCUCUAAUGCUGCUACCUGGAAGCAGCAAAGAGGAGGUAGUAGUAUUCCUGCUGGUUACUCUGCCAUUCAGAACAUGCCAGGCUCCUCUUCUCUUGGUUCUAAUAUACAGUAUUCACAAAUAACGGGGAUGUCACAUGACAAGCAUGAGGGUAUACUGUCAUUGCCUGAUCCAGGAGAUUGGGAUCCUAAUUACAGCGAUGAACUUCUUUUGCAAGAGGAUGCUUCGGAUGUAAGCUGUAUAACAACAGAGCUCAGCAAAGCUAUGGGUCUUGGUUCUGCAGAACCAUUGGAUGGAUCUGGAAGAUUGAAUCACUGGUCCAGUACAAACUCAAAUAUGAACUUCCAAAGACAAAUUGGACCGCUACAGUCAUUUUCACGAAUGGAGGUGGGAGGCCCUCCUGCUAAUGAAACGCACGCUGGAUAUCCGCGUAUGGUGUCAAAACCUUCUCAUCUCAUGCCUCAUAUUUCACAAAGUUCUCCAAGCCGUUUGGGACAGCAACCUCAGCGUUUCAACCAUGGGAGACCUAUUUCACUUAGGAAUGAUUGGAAUCAUAUGAAGGUCCAGCCUCCUCCCUCAAGCUUUAACUCUGGAGGCCCUCAUUCUCCAGGAAAUAGCUCAUUCAGCAAUGGCAUGUCAUGGGGGCGUCGGGCCAAUCAUCCUGUGUCGAGCAUUCCACCAGCAUCCCGUGGAAGAAAGGACUAUGGAAGUAUUGCCUAAUUUUGGAAUCCUAUUGUCCUUCUAUAUUGUUGGAUCAUAUUCUGCAUGUUGGCAAGGAAGUUGUACUAAAUAGGGGUCUUAGGUGCUAGUGAGCUCAUGCCAAGAAAAUCCCCAUCCAAACGAUGAUCAUUCAUUGUGCUUGCAUAAAUAUAAUUUAUAAUUUAUGGUUUUCGUAGCAAAUAUAUAUAAUCUAUGGUUUAACAUUUUGCUUUCUUAA